AUGGCGGCUCUGGCCUUGUUGAAGCCGCUCCAGGACUUCCUGGGCGGCGCGAAGUCUGAUGCACCUGCUGCUGCAGCGCCCUCCGACGACUUCGCCGACUUCGCGACUGCAGCAUCGCCUCAGCCUCCGAGCCACGCUGCCUCAUCUGCCUUCCCAGGCGCCUCGACAACCGCCAAAGCAGCUGCGGGAGGCCUUUUCAGCGCAGGGACAGGCAUUGCUGGCCGACCUUACACGAAAUGGUACCGAGUCUGGGAGCGCGUGACCAUCGCCGACUUCUACCAGGAGCUGGUCAUCAUCCCGAUCAUUGUCGUCAUCAUUAUCGUCAACAUCAUUGGCGCGAGUCUCAACAAGAAGCGCGCAAGGCAAUGGGCGCAGACGAAUCUGCCAUUGCUCGAGUCCGAGUUCGCAAGAGUUGGUUACAACAACUACACGAAAGAGGCGAUCGCCAAGGAUCCUGAGAAGAUGUACAAGCAGAAGAGCAAGAACGAAUACACGACAUAUGCCACUGGACGACAGAACGUGGCCUUCGUCGACGUCAAGCUCACGCUGUACAAGCGCUACAAUCCUUUGAUACUGUUUGGAGAGGCUGCGCUUUCCUUUUUCAUGGACAGCAUAGCACCUCCGGUUGAGAAGCUCGAGGCGACAGCGUAUUGUUUCGAUGGCAAGGAGAAAAGCUUGGUGCCUGCCAAGACUCAAGCUGUCGCAUCUCCUGCACCCGCAAGCAAAGACAGCACGUUCGAUGGGUUCGUCUGGGCAGUCGUGCACAAGGAUAAGAUGAAGCAGCUGCGUGAUGAUCGCUACGAUCUGAGCUUGACAUCGACCAAAGAUCACCCAAAGCUUCCUCAGUGGGCGACCGUCAUGUCUGAGAGUGCUGAAAUCACGGAGGCCAUGCUCACACCUGAGCUGCUCAAGGCUCUCAACGAGGCUGGCGAGGAUCUGGAGGCACUGGUGAUCUCUGAUCAGCCAAUCGAUGCCCCGAAGAAGCUCAACGACAUCGUCUCCAAGAAGCGUGUUUAUCUUUCAACACGUCUCAACAACUCGUCGAACAGCUCAGCGCUCUUCACAUACUUCCUGCGCCUCCCAGAUCAUCUUGUCAACAGCGCACAUUUCCGAUCGGAGGCGUUGCGCAAGAUCAAGGCCACUCGCGAGGAGGAGAUGCGCAAGCUGCGCAAGAUCGACGAGGAUGAGAAGGCUGAGGAAAGGAGAACGCAAUCCGAGAAGCUCAAGAAGGAGGAGCGCGACCGCAAGCUGAGCAAGAUGUCCGCGGACGAGCAGAAAAAAUUCUUGGAAAAGGAGAAGGAGAAGUCCCAGCGGAAGGGAAUGAAAAAGCAGACGAUGAGGGGAUGA